UACCCAUUACGAGGCCUUUUGGGCUGACCCUGAAAAGUUAGUGUAUCAUCUUCAUCUUCCAGAUUCUUCUUCUCCUCCUCUUCGUCUCUUCGUCUCUCCGUAGAUCUUCGAUUCCUUCGUUUUAUCGUUCAUCAAUCAGAUCAAUGGCCGAUUCCGCUUUCAAGAAAAUCCAAAUCCAAAGAGACGACACCACAUUUGAUGCGUAUGUGGUCGGAAAAGACGACGCACCUGGAAUCGUCGUGAUUCAAGAAUGGUGGGGUGUUGACUUCGAGAUCAAGAACCACGCCGUCAAAAUCUCGAAACUCGACACUGGCUUCAAAGCUCUCAUACCCGACUUGUAUCGAGGAAAGGUUGGGCUUGAUACUGCGGAGGCGCAGCAUCUUAUGGAUGGACUUGACUGGCAAGGAGCUGUUAAAGACAUCCGCGCUUCUGUUAACUGGCUUAAAGCUAAUGGAUCCAAGAAGGUUGGUGUGACUGGGAUGUGUAUGGGAGGUGCAUUAGCUAUAGCUAGCUCUGUUUUGGUUCCUGAGGUUGACACUGUUGUUGGCUUCUAUGGCACUCCUUCCUCCGAGCUUGCGGAUCCGGCGCAAGCCAAGGCGCCUGUCCAGGCUCAUUUUGGGGAGCUUGAUAACUUUGUCGGUUUCUCUGAUGUCACGGCGGCGAAGAGUCUUGAAGAGAAGCUGAAAGCGUCUGGGGUGGCGCACGAGGUUCAUAUCUACGAGGGGAACGGGCACGCGUUCUUGAACAGGAGUCCUGAAGGAGUGAGCAGGAGGAAAAGCAUGGGGCUUUCUGAUGAAGAUGAAGCUGCGGUGGAGCUUGCUUGGUCUCGCUUCACUUCGUGGAUGAAACGUUACUUGGCUUAAGCUUAUGCUUUCUCUCAGAUAGUGUUCUUCUAUGUCCUGAAACGUUUUGUGAUGCCCAAGAUAGAUCUAAAAUAAGGAGAUUGCACUGAGGACUUUUAUCAGAAUCGAAUAAAGUGGUUUGCUUGUUGUGUGGACU